CCGGAAGAAAGUCGACGACCACGUGAGGCCCUCAGUAGAGAAGUGCAGACGGAGCUGGAACCUCCUGCUUCAGCGAGAUCAUGUUUCUCCAGUAUUACCUCAAUGAACAGGGAGACCGGGUCUAUACCCUGAAGAAGUUUGAUCCUAUCGGACAGCAGACCUGCUCGGCCCAUCCUGCUCGGUUCUCCCCAGACGACAAAUACUCUCGACACCGAGUCACCAUCAAGAAACGUUUCAAGGUGCUGAUGACCCAGCAACCGCGCCCUGUACUGUGAAGGUCCCUAAAAUUUCAUGUCUCUCCUGCCACCGGCGACCCCUCUGAGACUUUUCCGAAACCAAGCUUUUCAGUCUGUGAGCCUUGAAGCCUUCUUACCACCCUUGCUCUUUGGAAUCGGUGUCAUCGUUACCUUAGAAUGAUCAUGCUUGUGUGAAGCAAUCAUGGUAGCACCCCCCACUUAAAGAAAACAAAUUUGAGUCUGCUUUUCAUAUUUUGACUGCCACGUUAUUAAAAUGAUUUGAAAGA